UUGGCAUGGAAUAAAUUGAACAUAAAUCACACAUUAUUAAGCACUACUUUUGCCUACGAACGGAUACCAACUUCAUUAGUUUACAAUUUACUUCUGUUCAAUUGUUAGAGUCAAGUGGGGGAAAGUAAGAAGCAACAACUCCUCUCCCCAGACCCUAACAAAUCAACUAAACUCAAUAUCAAACUAUUAAAAAAAAGCUCAUCGUUAAUCAGCUACUAAUUAUUCCUAAUCAAACAAUGCUUAAUACAAGCACUAUAUAAACACUAGUCCAUCUUCCAUUAGUUUCCCACCACAACUACAAAAACAUUCUAAUACACAAAGAACACACUUUCUCUUUCUUUUAAACCCCAAUUGCAAGAGAAAAUGGCGAAAGAGUCCACCACCAUUGACGUCGGCGAGCCAAGCACUGUCACCAAAAGUUCAAGCCAUGUCGUGAAGAAGAAGGGCUUCGUGGCAGCCGCCGCAGGAGGUGGUGCCAAGAGAGGUUUAGCCAUAUUCGAUUUCCUCCUCCGUUUGGCGGCCAUAGGAGUCACCAUCGGAGCUGCCUCUGUCAUGUACACCGCCCAGGAGACUCUUCCCUUCUUUACUCAGUUCCUCCAGUUCCAAGCCGGUUACGAUGACCUUCCUGCAUUUCAGUACUUUGUGAUAGCCGUAGCCAUAGUCGCUAGCUAUCUCGUCCUUUCACUUCCAUUCUCCAUCGUAACUAUUGUCCGUCCACUCGCUGUCGCGCCUCGGCUGAUCCUCCUCAUCUUCGAUACUUUGGUCGUGACGCUCAACACAUCAGCAGCAGCAGCCGCAGCAUCAAUCGUCUACCUUGCACACAACGGCAACCAAAGCACCAACUGGCUCCCUAUCUGUCAGCAGUUUGGAGACUUUUGCCAAAACGUGAGCACCGCUGUUGUAGCAGCUUCUAUCGCGAUUCUCUUCUUCAUUGUUCUCAUCAUCAUCUCCGCCAUCGCCCUCAAGAGGCACUGAUUUCAUCUUUUUUAAGUGUCAAGAUCGUAAUGUACUUGUUGUAUAUGUUUGUGGCUUUGUGUAACAUGACAAUUGGUAUUAUUGUGUGAAAAUGUAAUUGAAGUUGUUUAUGUUUUUUAAAAGAAAUUUGACUUUUGGUUUAA